AUGUCGUCCGACGACAUCAAAGAGGAGAAAGGCCACGAGCCGACAUCCAACGCCCUCACUCAAACCGCGUCCUACGGCGAGGGCAAGGUGCAGGACAUCGAUGACCCUGCUGUCCGCGACUUCUACGGCAAUUGCUUGAGCGACUCGUACAGGCUGAAGUCUGAGCUCGUCAGCAAGCACCUGACGGAAAUAGGGAUGGGGAAGUACCAAUGGCUUCUCUUCGUCGUCACCGGCUUCGGAUGGAUCGCAGACAACUUCUGGUCGCAAGGCAUUUCGACUGUGCAGCCAGCCAUGGCCAUGGAGUUCAGCGACAUCAGCAAGCGGUCCUAUAGCAGCGUCGCUUACUACGUCGGCCUGAUCCUGGGUGCCUCCUUUUGGGGCAUCUCGGCCGACUUCAUCGGGCGCAAGCCCGCCUUCAACGCCACCAUCAUGAUUGGCGGCAUUUUCGGCUGUGCCGUGGCCGGAUCCCAGAACUUCAUCGCCUUCUCUGCCAUGUGGGCCGUCAUCGGUACUGCCGCGGGCGGCAACGUUCCUGUUGACUCGAUGAUUUUCCUCGAGUUCGUGCCUGGCAGCCAUCAGUGGUUGCUGACGGCCCUGUCGGCGUGGUGGAACUUCGGCCAGGUCAUCGUCUCGCUGAUCGGAUGGGUCUUCCUGGCCAACUACUCGUGUCCGUCUGGAUCCGACUAUACCACGUGCUCUAGGAGCGACAACAUGGGCUGGCGCUACACCAUGAUCACGCUCGGCGCCCUUGCCAUGGCCUUUGGCAUUAUUCGCAUUUUCGUCUUCAAGAUGCCGGAAAGCCCGCGGUACCUGCUGUCCAAGGGGCGCGAUGCCGAAGCGGUCGAGGCAGUCAACUACAUCGCGCGUUACAACGGCAAGCCUGAGACAUUGACGCUGGCUAUGCUCCACGACAUCGACGUGACGCUUGGGAUAGCGACAACGGACGAGGACGCGAAGAAGGGCUUGUCGCGCCGCGAGAUCAUCCGGGAGAAUCUCAAGGACUACAAGGGCGUCAACUACAAGAACCUGUUCGCAACCCGCAAGUUCGCCCUGCACACGACCCUGACCUGGUUGAUCUGGCUGACCAUCGGCAUCGCCUACCCCCUCUACUUCGGCUUCCUCCCCUCCUACCUCGAAACCAAAUUCAGCGCCGCGACGUCGCUAUCCAAAACGUACCGCAACUACUGCAUCGUCUCGUCGGUCGGCAUCCUCGGCCCCAUCAGCGCCGGCUUCCUCGUCGAGACGCCGCGGUUCGGGCGGCGGUGGAUGAUGGGGCUCUCGGCCAUCCUGACGGGCGUCUUCCUCUUCGCCUACACGGCGGCCCGCACCGAGACGCAGGACCUGGCCUUCCAGUGCGUGACAGGCAUCCUGGGCAACUUCGAGUACGCCGUCAUGUACGCCUUCACCCCCGAGAGCUUCCCCGGCCCGCUGAGGGGCACCGGCACCGGCACCGCCGCCACCCUGCUGAGGUUCGGCGGCCUAGUCGCCAGCUUGGUGAGCGCCAACGUCGGCUUCUCGACCGUGCCCAUUUAUGUCAGUGCCGCGCUGUGGGUUGCUGUGGGCGUUGUGUGCUUUGGCUUGCCGUUUGAGACGCACGGUCAUGCAGCUGUCUGA